GUUUGAAGUAGCACAUACUGCCUGUGUGAUCUUGGGUUAGCACUGUAGAAGUCUUCAAAUCAUGGAAUCAAUAUCGAUGAUGGGCAGCCCUAAGAGUCUUAAUGAAACAUUUUUACCUAAUGGCAUAAAUGGUAUCAAAGAUGCAAGUAAGGUUACCAUAGGUAUCAUUGGAAGUGGAGAUUUUGCCAAAUCUCUGACUAUUCGACUUAUCAGAUGUGGGUAUCAUGUGGUGAUCGGAAGCAGAAACCCAAAAUUUGCUUCAGAAUUCUUUCCACAUGUGGUUGACGUCACCCAUCAUGAAGAUGCCCUCACGAAAACCAAUAUAAUUUUUAUUGCAAUACAUAGGGAACAUUAUACCUCUUUGUGGGACCUCCGACAUCUUCUAGUUGGGAAAAUCCUGAUUGAUGUCAGCAAUAACAUGAGGGUAAACCAGUACCCAGAAUCCAAUGCAGAAUAUUUGGCUUCGUUAUUCCCAGAUUCCUUCAUUGUGAAAGGAUUUAACGUGAUCUCAGCUUGGGCACUCCAGUUAGGACCCAAGGAUGCCAGCAGGCAGGUCUAUCUAUGUAGCAACAAUAUUCAAGCUCGACAUCAAGUUAUUGAACUUGCUCGUCAACUGAACUUCAUCCCUAUUGACUUGGGAUCAUUAUCAUCAGCCAGGGAGAUUGAGAAUCUACCCUUGCGACUGUUCACCUUGUGGAGAGGGCCAGUAGUUGUAGCAAUAAGCCUGGCUACUUUUUUCUUCCUUUACUCUUUUGUCAGAGAUGUGAUACAUCCAUAUGCAAGAAACCAGCAGAGUGACUUUUACAAGAUUCCUAUUGAAAUCGUGAACAAGACAUUACCUAUUGUUGCCAUCACUUUGCUCUCUCUGGUCUACCUAGCGGGCCUCUUGGCAGCUGCUUAUCAGCUUUAUUAUGGCACCAAAUAUAGACGAUUUCCUCCAUGGCUAGAGACUUGGUUACAGUGUAGAAAACAGCUUGGAUUACUAAGCUUUUUCUUUGCUACAGUCCAUGUUGCCUACAGCCUUUGCUUACCAAUGAGAAGAUCAGAGCGAUACUUAUUUCUCAACAUGGCUUAUCAGCAGGUUCAUGCAAAUAUUGAAAACUCUUGGAAUGAAGAGGAAGUGUGGAGAAUUGAAAUGUAUAUCUCUUUUGGAAUCAUGAGCCUUGGCUUACUUUCCUUAUUAGCAGUAACUUCUAUCCCUUCAGUGAGCAAUGCCUUAAACUGGAGAGAGUUCAGCUUUAUCCAGUCUACACUUGGAUACGUGGCUCUGCUCAUAAGUACUUUCCAUGUUCUAAUAUAUGGAUGGAAAAGAGCUUUUGAAGAAGAAUACUACAGGUUUUAUACACCACCAAAUUUUGUCCUUGCUCUUGUUUUGCCCUCUAUUGUCAUUCUGGGGAAAAUCAUUUUACUCUUUCCAUGUAUAAGCAGGAAACUGAAAAGAAUUAAAAAGGGCUGGGAAAAGAGCCAGUUUAUGGAAGUAGCCAGUGGAAUAAUUCCACACCUUUCACCAGAAAGGGUUACAGUAAUGUGA